CUGCUCUUGUGCACAGCUGCAUUUGGAGCAGUAUUACAUGUAAUAUCCACUUCAAUUCUUGGCAUAACGGCAGUAACAAUAACAAACACAAUUGCUGGCGAGGAAACAGUGCACAAACUGGCUUCUCUUUUGCUUAUUGUUCUUGGUGGUAGUUAUGUAAUCUUGUUUCUUCGCGGAAAGGGCGGUCACUGCCACUCACACAAUCAACCUAUGGAGAAAAUGGCCGUAGCAGGGCUUAUCCUUGUUCCUGCGUUGUCUCCUUGUGCAACCACUCUCCCUGUUUUUCUUGCUGUUGGAAACUCAAAAUCCAUGAUGGUGCUUGCCAUCAUAGUUCUGUUAUUCAGCACCAUAACUGUGAUGACCUCACUGGUGGCUCUAUCAUUUUACGGUGCAAGUCAACUCAAGUUUCACUGGGUGGAACGCUAUGACAAGCUCCUUGUCGGUUCAGUGCUAAGUCUGGUUGGUAUUUUGACCCUUAUUUUUCACGAUCACGAUGGAGAAGUAGGUUCUGCAGGAGGUCAUGUGCACAGAAAACUCAUUGUGCUAUAAGGAUCGGUCUUCAACCAAUAAAUCUUAGUGCAUAUUUACCUCAACUUAAGAAAAGCAUGUACAAACACUCUUUUUUUUGUUCCAGUUGUGUAAUUAAUGAGAGCUCGAGGUUAUGACUAUUAUGUUAAACAAUCUUUACUUAAACGUAGUAGUUUCCUCUAACAACAGUUCAUGCUACACUGAAAAGGAGGAACUGGUGUGUGGCAUUUGCUUCAUUUAAUUAGUUUUCUGGUUUUCUUUUCUUAAGUA